UCUUACAAGCAGACAACCAAGAGCCCAGCAAGACCAGCGAGGAGACCCAAGGAACAUCAAAGCCUUCCUAUUGGAGAGCCACGACGAGACCAUUAAGACUGCAAAAAAACCCUGCAGUGAUUCUCUUGAAAAUAAUCAGCGAGCAAGACAUUAGGAGAGAAAAAAAAGACAAAGAUGGCACUGUCAACUUCUGAGAGCAUUUUCAAAGACGACCCCUUCUUCGACCAGGCCAGGUUUCUCUGGCCGACCAUGCAGCGCAGCCCUCUCAUGCAGCCCAGCAGACUCAUGCAGGAUGUGUCCAGCCAGAGGGAGGACUUCUUCAGCCGCCGGGCCCAGCUGGUGCAGGGCCUGCGGAGCGAGAUGAGAAGCAGCCUCCUGGGCGAGCUGUGCGAGGGCCUCCACGCCGACCUCUUCCAGGGCUUGGAGCGUCUGCACUCUUCCUCACCCUCAACCGCCUCUUCUUCUUCCUCCCCGACCUCUCCCUUGAAGGUGGUCGCCACCACGGUUCAGCCGAACAGCAGCCAGGACUCAGCGCUGACCAUCGACACCCAGGGUUUCUCGCCAGACGACAUCCGGGUGACGGUGUCGGGAAAUAAGCUGGAGGUCAUGGCGACCAAGCGGGCGGAGGCAGCCGAUUCCACCUCCAUGUCCAACACCACCUCGCGCUGCUCGGCCUCCGCCGCCUCCUCCAGGCAGCAGGGCUUCAUCCAGAGGGUGGAGCUGCCGGCGGGCGUAGACCCCUCCGAUGUCACCUGCUCACUGGGGGAAGACGGAAUGCUCCGCAUCGAGACCCACCCGAAGAAGAAGAAGAUGUUGGAGGAGGAGCAGGACAAGAAGGAGGUGGCAGCAGCCUCAGCAGAAGAAGAAACCGCGCCCGCCCGUUACAGAACCUCACUGGACUUUCCCAUCACCAAGAGCGCAGGCCCGGAGGUCAGCCUCAAGAUGUCCACCUAGACAACAGGAGGAGGAAUUGUUGCAAUGAUCUGAUGCUGAUUUAAAGUGAAUUGUUGUUUCCAUUCUUGUUUUUGUCUGGAUAUUUGUAUUUUGUAAUAAAUUAUUAUUGAAAUGUG